UCACUUCGCUGUUAGCAAUCUACUAGUCACUUUGUCUACUCGUUGUCUCCGAAGUCCGAACAGAAUCCUUCGCUCCAAUAUUUUAUCGUCUUUUAUUUCUUAUUUAUUUAUUUUCUGCUGUCUUUCUUCAUCCUUCUCUUUCAUAUUCAUCUUUCUAUGAGCCCAUCUAUCUACGUUUGUUUGAUUUUAUUGAAAUGAAGCAUUGAUUUUGGUGGAAAACGAUUUUCGAAUGCUUCAAUGCUUGGUUUGUUCCUCUGAUUUACAAUAUCUUGAAGCGCGUUAGGGAUUUAGAUGUUGUUCGUAUUUGAUGGCUAUGAGGGGCGUCGAUUUCAAGUGGCAAGUUCGAAUAUUUGUUGGAAAUGGAGAACCAUUUGCUCAAAAUUAUCUCCCAGUACGAUGGGUUUUUCUUGUCAAUGCUCGCGACAAGUGUAAUCAUUGUUUCUAUUAAUUGGAAGCGUUAUCAUCUUUGUACAUACCCGUUGCAUAUAUGGAUUGUGGUUGACUAUACGACUGUCUUUGUAUUCCGGUUGUUGAUGUUCGUAGACAAUGGCCUUGCCGCUGGAAUGGGUUUGGAUUUUGGCUGGCAGCAAAGAUAUGCUCGCUUCUGUGGAAGGAUUGUGGUUCUUUCGAUUCUUUCCCUGUUGCUUUAUCCUUUUCUUUGGGCUUGGACUGUGAUUGGGACUCUGUGGUUCACAAGCGCAAGAAGCUGUUUGCCUGAAGAAGGCCAAAAAUGGGGUUUUCUUAUAUGGUUGCUUUUCAGCUACUGUGGACUCAUCUGCAUUGCUUGCAUGUCCACUGGAAAGUGGCUGACCCGAAGGCAGGCACACUUGCAACGUGCUCAACAAGGAAUUCCAAUUUCAGAAUAUGGUGUUUUGGUUGACAUGAUCCGAGUACCUGAUUGGGCAUUUGAAGCUGCUGGUCAAGAGAUGAGAGGGAUGGGCCAAGACACUGCUGCAUAUCAUCCUGGACUUUACUUAACUGCACCUCAGAGAGAAGCAGUGGAGGCACUCAUUCAGGAACUGCCCAAGUUCAGGCUAAAGGCUGUCCCAACUGAUUGCAGUGAAUGUCCCAUCUGCCUUGAAGAGUUCCGUGUUGGGAAUGAGGUUCGUGGACUCCCUUGUGCGCACAAUUUCCAUGUGGAAUGCAUUGACGAGUGGCUUCGGUUGAAUGUGAAGUGCCCGCGCUGCCGUUGCUCUGUCUUCCCUAACCUUGAUCUCAGUGCUCUAUCCAACCUUCGUCCUGAUUCUGGUCAUGCCUCUGCUAGUGUUGUGACUACAACACGCUAUAUGCGAGCUCAGCCUCCUGGCCAGAGCUAUCUACUGAGGUUGCAGGGCCUUUUGCGCCCAAUCCGCACAGAGAAUGCUGUGGCAGGCAGUGAUACCAUUGCCUUGGAAGGUGCUGAAAAUGGAGCACUAUCAGUGGUAAUUCAGGAUCCUUCUAGCACAGAGGUCCCAGCUGGCCCAGAACCAUCAAUGGAAUGCACUGUUCAUUCACCCCAACCUCACUUUUAAAUCCUCCUUUCAAUACAGCCUUGUGUUUUCUGGGUUCUAAAGUCAGGCCCACAAAGAAAAUUUAAAGAAAGUUUUGCCAAUCAUAUGCUAAUGUUGUACUGACCCUUGAUAUUGAGUAAAAGAGUUGCGCCUUUUGUUCCUCAAAACCGAGCUUGAGCUAUGAUGAAUUUAUACUUUUGUUUGUGGACACCUUUUAUAUGGUUUUCAUUUGAACUAAUGGAUGGAGUUUAAUCUGAAGUUGUAAUAGGCCGAGCCAGGAUUUUCUUCUUCUUAGGCCUGUCAAUGCCUCGAUGGGAUGUGCAGACCCAUUGAAGAGCUGACAUAAUUACAUAGGGUCUGGGGCUCAUAAUGCAUUUCCUAAUAAGUGUAUUGGAAUUGGUUUGGUUAUUUAUUCCAAACCAAUUAAGACCCCAACUGACUAUAUAUGUAUGCAUUUUGGCAUAUUACAAUGAUACCCCCAAGUUUUUCAUGA